GAUACAACUAGUCUAAUUAGAUGCAGCUAGAGCACAAGGGAAGUGUCCGAGGCUCCGAGCAGACAAUGAACGCGUCGUCAUUAUCCACCGGAGCAGACUGAGCAUAAAGUCGUCCAUCAUUUUAUUAGACUCAAGACGAAUAAACCGCAACAAUGAAUAUCUCUCAUGAAGUCGAGUUGCUGGUGGAGGAGAUCAAGCGUCUUGGCAGUCCAAAUGCUGAUGGUCAGAUGACCGUGAAAUUUGGCAUCUUAUUCAAUGACGACCGUUGUGCCAACAUCUUCGAGGCGCUGGUGGGCACCCUGAGGGCAGCCAAGAAAAAGAAGAUCAUCAAAUUUGAGGGCGAGUUGCUCUUGCAGGGCGUCCAUGAUAACGUUGAUAUCGUCCUGCUCCAGGACUGAGGCCAGAGUUUGUACCAGAUGGCCAUCUAGCGACUAACACUGAGCUUCUGCAGUGUACCGGCUUGUCACUGAGCUUCUGUUUUCAGUUCUCUUCCCUCAUGUGCAAGGCUCAGUGUCUGAAUUGACAACAUAACGACCAAACAGACUAGAUCAAACAGUACGCUCACAGACCCAGCUGGCAUGUCUGCAUACGACUUAAUUUGAUUCCACCGUGCCAAACGAAACAGUGUCACAAAUAUUUUAGUUUUUCAGGGGCUGAGUUAACGGCCACAUUUCAUAGUUUCAGACGACGACAAGGAGAAAUGGUGUUUCUCUCUUUCUCAGGCGCUGCUCUUUUAUCAACCACAGGUCUGAAAUGUCAUUUUGAUACACUUUUAAGACUAUAAACGCACAAGUCAGGAAUGUAACAAUUUGUGUAACAUGUUAAUUUGGGUUUUUUUUGUUAAUUUUUGGGAGAAAUUACAGUAUGGGGUAACUAUCACAACCAAAUGCCUCUCUAGAUGGUAUCAGUGUACGGAUAAAGGACACACAGAAAAGACACUGGUCAGAUUUUUGACAGACUUCUUCAGAUUUUGAAUUGGAGCACUCAGACAGCGGGUAGUGUGUGUCCACCAUGUGUCACCAAAUGGCGGUUAUUGUUUACACGAGCCAUUUCUACUACCUCUUGUGGACUUUUUGAGAAGACAUUAUAAGACUAGUGCUUUUGGAAAUACAACUCCUUGAUAGAAACUACACAGACAGACGCAUUUCAAGAAAGACUUUUGCACCUUUUUGUACUCGUUGCAAUCUGCUAGAGUAGUUUUUAUUCCAUCUUUUUACACGUGGUCGAUAAUGAAUUUUCUCGUCUUCUAAACCAACUCCAAAACAUGCCUUUUGUAAAGAAACAGUUGAUGAGCAAAUGGCGAAUGUAUUUCUCAUGCACUUUUUGUUAGUGUGUAAAUCAUGACAGGGUGAUUGGUGCCAAAUGCAAAAGAUGAAUUUGUGAUGUUUCUCAGGACCAAAUCGACACAACCAAAAUGUUUGAAUAAUUGUCCUGUAGCUUAAAUUAGGUGUCGUACUUGUGACACAAGAUGUGCAUUUAUAGUUUUAUUAGUUUUUUUUAUUUUUCAUUUUGCCACUCUUUGUUCUGUACUGUAGGUCAAAUGAUACUUGCAGAUACGGCGUAGUGUUUUCCCACGGUCAAAACUCAUCACUGGCGGGCGUUUUAUUGUGUCUGUUUUCAGCAAAGGUCCUUCUUUUGGUAUUUAAUUCAACAAAAAUGUCAUUGACAAACACGCCGAGCUUUGUACGGAAGCUCAAAGUGGUCAAAAUUGAAUAAAUUAAUAUGAACACCAUAAAGAAACAUAAAGUUAUAAAAUAGUCCAAUAUGUACAUUUAAUAGUGAUCAAUAAAUUCUGCUUUUUUUUUUCCAUGUUAACAUUUAAGGUAUUUUUUUGUUAAAAAAAUUUACAGACAUUAAUACAGCACUUUAGAUCAUUUUAAUUUAAAUCCAGCUGUUUUUUCCUAAGUGUCCUUUUCAUAAAUUAAAAAAAAUAAAUAAAAAUCAAAAAUGAAGUUUUUCCAAGUGAUAAUAUUAUUUCAAAAUGCCACACUGUUUAUCACAAAUAAUUUGACAUGACGGAUACAGCUACGUGAUUGGCUGUGGACUCAUUCAGACCAAAGCAACAGCCAAUGACAUAAUUUUUAGUGCCUGGUUUGACUUCAUUUACAAAAAAAAUUUGUGAUGAAAUAUGGUUUGGGGGAAAAUUAUUUAACAAAAGAGUUCAGGCAAAAAAAAAGAACAUUUUGAAAAAAAAAAAGAAAAAAUGUAAAAUAACCUCUAUUAAACACUCUUAUUUUGAAAAGACGCCAAAUCAAUUGACAUUUCAUGAAUUGAGUUUUAAAAAUAUUUUAACAAUUAAAUGGUUCUAAUUUCAGAUUUUUUCAUAUCAUUUAUUUCAUAAUAUUUUUAUUAGUUUAAUUUUGACUACUUUAAGCCGCCAUAGCUAUUAAAAUAAGUAGAAAGAUUUAUCUUGGAUAAACAUCAGAAGGACCAACAAUCUCCAAGUUUGCCUGAAUGUAACAUCACCUACACCUGCAUAAUAUCAAGCUUUACAUAUCACAACCACAGAGAAGCGAUCAGCUGUGUAAAACUGCGCCUCAUCUGCAAGUUUCACAAGACCCAUCUCACAUUCACUGCUGUGUACCAACCUAGCUCCAUCUUUUAUGCUCAGGUGUUUUGGCUGUUUUGUUUCAGUUUGACUUGAAUUAUGUCUUUCUGUUUCUCAACCAUUUGGGAGAUUGUGCUCUGAAAGGCGUGAGCGGCUCAGAUCAAUUAAGAACAUGUCAAAAUCAGGAAAACCGUACGAGCUUAAAGCUGAAAUGUAGCCUAGAAAUAAGAUGUAAUCAUCAGGAUAAGAAACACCGGGCUAAGUAGGAAAGUUAUGAAAAUAAUGGGGGAGAAAACGAGCUUGAGGACGAAACAUGCUGCUUUCAUCACUGUCAUUUUGGAUUAUCCUGCUGUGUGUUGCACUGGAGUGAGCUGAACAUAAAUGCACAUUACAGUACAAGUUCACACUUAGCGAGAGGGGAAAGUUACGGUGGGAGCGGUGCCAGUACCUCGAGCCAUUUCUGUGAACUGGUGGGAUGCCUGCAUGAUGUGUUCAUGUGCGUCAUGACUGUCUUUUUGUAUUGGCAAUAACACAUUCCUAAACCAACAAAGGUUUCUGUUACUGUGGAAUACACUCUGAGGAAUUAAAUCUUUACACUUGAAGCCUUCAA